AUGUUUCGCGCCCAGCAGAAUGCUUUCGAUGACGCGGUCGCCAAGGCGACCGACGAGAACCUGACCUCCGAGAACUGGGAAUACAUUCUUGAUGUUUGCGACAAGGUUGCUGCCGAAGAUUCAGGUGCAAAAGAGGCGGUCGCAGCCAUGAUCAAGAGAAUGGCUCACAGAAAUGCCAAUGUGCAACUUUAUACUCUUGAGCUCGGUAAUGCGCUGUCACAGAAUUGUGGCCCUAAGAUCCAUCGCGAGUUAGCCUCAAGAAGCUUUACCGAUGCGCUCCUGCGCCUGGCAAGUGAUCGCAAUACACACCAACAAGUCAAGUCCAAGAUUUUGGAACGGAUGGAAGAAUGGACGGAGAUGUUUUCCUCUAACCCGGACUUUGGGAUCAUGGAGCAAGCAUACAUGAAGUUGAAGACGUCAAACCCCAACCUUCAGCCCCCAUCGAAGCCAAUAAAGAGUGCGAUUACAGACAUUGACCGACAGAAGGAGGACGAGGAACUGCAAAUGGCAUUGGCUCUCUCUGUCAAGGACAAGGCUCCUCCAAUCCCCGUUGCUCAGGCCGGCCCAUCUGCGGCGGCUGCUACAUCGAAACCCGAAACUACCUCACCGGCAGCCGAGUUACCAGCUGCUGCGACCGGACCUGUGCCAUCGGGCACGUCGGCUGCUACUGUUUCGCGGGUCCGCGCCCUAUUCGAUUUUCAACCCUCGGAAGCUGGAGAACUUCAGUUCCGCAAGGGUGAUAUCAUUGCUGUCUUGGAAUCAGUCUACAAGGACUGGUGGAAGGGUUCUUUGAGAGGCCAGACGGGAAUUUUCCCUCUCAAUUAUGUAGAGAAACUUACCGACCCUACCGUCGAGGAGCUACAGCGUGAGGUGCAGAUGGAGGGCGAUGUCUUUGGCCAGAUUAAGAACGUCGAGAAACUUCUGACCCUGCUGAGUACUCGAAGCUCAGACCUUAAUGUGCAGGAGAACGAGGAGAUUACCAAUCUCUACCAUUCCACUGUUGCUAUUAGGCCGAAGCUUAUUGAGCUUAUUGGGAAAUAUUCGCAGAAGAAAGAUGAAUUCACCCAGCUUAAUGAGAAGUUCAUCAAAGCCCGCCGUGACUACGAGUCCUUGCUAGAGGCUUCCAUGGCUCACCCAUCACAGCCAUAUGCACGACCUGGCCAGCCACAGUAUGGGUAUCCCGGUGCUGCUCCCGCAGGAUACCCUCCCCAAGCAGACCAACGAUACUUCAGCCCUCAACCUCAAGGUCAACCUCAAGAACCCCAACCCCCACAGGCCCAGCCAAGUGCGUACUAUGGUGCGGAGCAGACAAUCCCUUACCGUCCUGCGUCUCAUUCUCCCGAUCCACGUGCGCAGUUUGCAGGUGGACCUCAGCAGCAGCCCAUGCCGCAACAGGCACCUCCGUCUGACUCUUAUCCACCUGUUGGUCACCGCCCACAAUCUACAUAUGACAAUCCGCAGGAAUUGGGCACCUCUGUUUAUGACUCCCCCGUGGAACAUCCUGCUGGUCAGCGCCCAGGCUACCCUCUCAAUAGCCAAGCGCCACCGGUCGGCCACCAACAAUUCCAACAUCCGCAACAGCCACAGGCACAGGAGUACUCAUCCCCAGGCUACUCGGGCGAAGAAGCAUCUCAGCAAUCCCCAUCCCAAUAUCCACCACAGCAAUCAACGCAACAGCCUCCAUACCCCAACUCCCCGGCCAUUCAUCAAGCACCCUCUCACCAGCCUCCUCCUGUCCCUGGAUCAGCGCAGCCACCCUCACAGUACACUGCCUUUAACCCCGCCCCCUCAGCUCCGCCAGGUGGUGCAGAAUACCAGGCAUACCAGCCUUCGCAGGGUGGUAAUACCCCCUCAAAUCCUGCUAAUUUCUACAGAUAA